GCACCCCUUUAAAACGUUCAAAUCAAAUUAAUAUUUACAUUGAUUUGUUUAUUUGGUAAGUAGCCAGAGUUGCUUAUGUAUUCAAUGUAUGUGUGCUUUGUAAAUGAGGAAGCAGGUCUACAUGAUUUGCUUUAUCAAUGUAAACACGCACACAUAAACUGUGGCAAAUUCAGUAUGCAUUUAUCGUGUUAACAUUCACAAAACAGACAUAUAUUUGAAAUAUAAGCUAACUUCGACGAUAGGCGUUAGAAAUGUAAUAUUUGUCAAGUCGGAAUCAGACAGUGAACAUUUUCAAAAAGAGAGGGGGGAAAAAAAGAGGGAUUGUGAGGUGACGUCACAUGCGCAGAGCGUCACGUGGCGAGGAUCAGCUGAUCGUCAUCGUUUCCUGAGAUUCGCGAUGUUUUGAUGGAGAUAUCUGCGAAAAUCUCUGCCAGAAAAUUUCUUCAUGUGAAUUCUCUUACAUUUAAAGCUCUGGGUGUUUUGGCUUCUGUUACAUUUCUUGAUGAAUACCUCGGACAGUGAAGAGGACUCCUACAACGAGAGGUCCGCUCUGGUCCAGUCCGAAAGCCCAACCGUACCCUCGUACAGCCAAGAUCAUGACAUGUCUCUCCCUCAGGACACAGAACCCAAACGACGACGGACUGUCAGCUCAGAGUCGGGCGAGGUAGCACAGGUGGAGAGAGAGAGAGCAGCCACUCCUGAUGGAGAGGAAGAGGAGCUGACCCUCAAAUAUGGCGCCAAACACGUCAUCAUGCUCUUCGUCCCGGUCACGCUUUGCAUGGUGGUCGUCGUGGCAACCAUCAAAUCUGUCAGUUUCUACACGGAGAAGAGUGGACAGCAGCUCAUAUAUACUCCGUUUGAAGAGGACCCAAACUCUGUGGGUCAGAGGCUUCUGUACUCCAUCCUGAACACCCUUGUCAUGAUCAGUGUCAUUGUCGUCAUGACGAUAGUGCUGGUGGUGCUGUAUAAGUAUCGCUGCUAUAAAUUUAUUCAUGGCUGGCUGAUUCUGUCAUCUCUGAUGUUGCUCUUCUGGUUUAGCUUCAUGUAUCUGGGAGAGGUGUUUAAGACAUAUAACGUGGCCAUGGAUUACCCAACGUUAGCGAUGAUCAUUUGGAACUUCGGCGUCGUGGGAAUGAUCUGCAUCCAUUGGAAAGGCCCUUUACGGCUGCAGCAGGCCUACCUCAUUGUCAUCAGUGCUCUCAUGGCACUCAUAUUCAUCAAAUACCUGCCCGAGUGGUCGGCAUGGGUCAUACUGGGAGCCAUCUCUAUUUAUGAUCUGAUAGCGGUGCUCUCUCCAAAAGGCCCAUUGAGGAUGCUGGUUGAGACUGCUCAGGAAAGAAACGAGCCAAUUUUUCCUGCACUUAUAUAUUCAUCUGCCAUGGUUUGGAUGGUUGGAAUGGCUGAUCAUAGUAAUCAGGAUUCAGCUGAUGAAAGGCAGCACCCUGAGGGUGGACCCCGACCACAGGAAGGGGUGGAGUCAGAAGAUGAUUCAUCUCAAGGAAGGAGGCGACGGUAUUCGGCAGAAGAGGACGUUGAGGAAGACCGAGGGGUGAAACUGGGGCUCGGAGACUUUAUCUUCUACAGUGUUCUGGUGGGAAAAGCAGCAGCAACAGGAGGAGACUGGAACACCACACUGGCCUGUUUCGUGGCCAUUCUCAUUGGACUGUGUCUGACGCUCCUCCUGCUGGCCAUUUUCAAGAAGGCACUGCCGGCUCUUCCCAUCUCCAUCACGUUCGGCCUGGUGUUCUACUUCUCCACAGACAAUCUGGUACGGCCCUUCAUGGACAGUCUGGCAGCCAACCAGUACUACAUCUGACCGAAACCCUCUCAAACACAGAGGACACUAAGAGAACACAAUGAGUGCCCUUCAGUCGUUGUUUAAAUGAGAUUCAACCUUUUUUUAGUUCUUAUGAAUCUGAGCUGGUUUCAGUCUGAAAUGAGAAGCUGUAGGUGAGGGACUUCAAAACAAGCGAUGCUGGUCGCACAUUUGCAUUUUGGUCUAAUUUGAGCAGCUCUUUUUACUAUUUUUUUGUACCUCCUGACAUGGUAAAUGAAUGUGACCAGCAUCCAGACAGGUGUUGGGGAAGUUUUUUAUUCCAUAAUAAAAAACGACUUUUACUAUAUGAAAAAACUGAAUGCUGCUAGACUCAGUCCUAAGAAAGAGGCCUGUACUAUAUGUGGGUACUCCAUGCAGACGUGAGGACUGUUGUGUUACGUAUAAUAGGCUUGCCAGUGGUUACAGCUUCAGUGCAUAAUAAACUAAUUAAUGAGUUUAAACUAAUGAGUUUCAUUUUUAGGAUUACCAACAUUGUAGCUUGGAAAAAAGCCCCAUAAAAGUGUGUUGUGUAGAUUCACUAUGAUUUUUGCAGAUUAAGACAUGUUUCUGGAUGGGGCCGGGAGAUAUAUCGAAUAUUUACAAUGAUUUUGCUGGUGAUAUAAAGUGAUUCCAGUCAUUUUAAUGCACAUUUUAUUUGGCCUUCAAAUUUUAAAUCAAGCACAAAAUGUUUCAGUGUUGCAGUUUGGUUGCAUAGCAGAACAGUGUUUUAGAAACCACACCUAAAAUAUAAAUAAGGCACCAAAACAUGCUGUUCAGUUUACAUUUUUGGAUUAACAAAAACGAUCAGUAUCCAACCGUAACAACUUUGAAGUUUCAUUUUAGUCACGAAGCCUUUUUAAGUUUAUACAAAUUAAAAAAGGUCUACCUGGUAGAUUUUCAAUACACGUAUUUGUGUUUAUUUUUAAGAUUAACGCAUUUCAAUGUCAUAACAAAAUUCCAUCAAUAUGAAUUG